AUGUCAUUACGGGUGCCAAUUCGAGCUCUCACUACUGCCGCACGCAGCUCCCUCAAGAUCGGGCUCAUCCCAGCAGACGGUAUUGGCAAAGAGGUCAUUCCAGCAGCUCGAGCAGCUAUCGAGGCUCUGGGGUCUGACAUCCCGAAACCCGAAUUUUACAAUCUGGAUGCUGGAUUUGAGUGUUUUGCAUCUACAGGGACUGCUUUACCAGAAGAGACUGUAGAAGCACUGCAGGACUCUCACUGUGCUUUGUUUGGUGCUGUCAGCUCACCUAUCACGAAGGUCACAGGAUAUUCGUCUCCGAUCGUCGCUCUGCGCAAAAAGCUGGAUCUUUAUGCUAAUGUCAGACCGGUCGUUUCGGUUGCUGAAAACGCUCAAGAAAAACCCCGCGUAGACUUAGUUGUAGUGCGGGAGAAUACAGAAUGUCUGUAUGUAAAGCAAGAAACAAUCACCUCCACAGAAUCUGGAAAAGAAGCUCGGGCUACGCGGCUAAUCACUGAACGUGCUUCCCGGCGGAUAGGCAGGCUCGCUUUUGAAUUAGCCCUGGGGAGACCACGGCAGCUAGUGACAAUCAUUCAUAAGUCAAAUGUGCUGUCCGUCACGGAUGGUCUAUUCAGAGAAACCAUCCGUGCAGUCCCCCGGUUUGCCGAGAACGGGAGGUAUGACAAUAUACAAAUUGAGGAGCAAAUAGUGGAUAGUGCUGUGUAUCGGCUGUUCCGGGAGCCUCAAAUAUACGACGUAAUGGUGGCUCCCAACUUAUAUGGUGAUAUCAUAUCAGAUGCAGCUGCCGCUCUUGUGGGCUCUCUGGGCCUGGUGCCAUCAAUAAACGCUGGGGACAACUUUGUGAUGGGUGAACCCGUCCAUGGGUCGGCCCCCGAUAUUGCAGGGCGGGGGAUCGCCAAUCCCUUGGCAUCUAUUCGUUCCGCUGCUCUAAUGCUUCGACAUCUUGGCUAUCUCAAUGGUGCUGAUAGAUUAGAUAAGGCCGUAGAUGGUGUGAUCAGGGAAGGUCAGGUCUUGACUCCCGAUCUCGGCGGAAGCAGUAAAACCCAGGAAGUGUUGGAUGCAGUCUUGAAGAAGAUCUAA